AUGCCAUUCAAUAUUACUACUAAGCAGAUCCAUACAUCCACCACAGAUAUUGAACAUGCCAUUGAUCGUUCUUUAAAAGACGAAUAUUUUCCCGUAGCUCAGAAUUUGUCUGAAGAAGAUAAAUAUUUUAAGGGUAAUCCCAAACCGGCAUAUUUGGAUGAUUUGAUCAAAGAAACAAAAGAUUUUAUCGAUUACCAAUAUUCGUUGGGGAGAAAUAGAAUUGUGUUAGUAACAUCCGGAGGUACUACAGUUCCAUUAGAAAAUAAUACUGUUAGAUUUAUUGACAAUUUUUCUGCGGGAACUCGUGGUGCUGCAAGUGCUGAAGAAUUCUUACAAAAUGGUUACAGUGUCAUAUUUUUGCACAGAGAAUUUUCAUUAACACCCUUUAAUAGAUCAUUUCAAAAAAAAUCAGGGCUAGAAUUCUUGGAUUAUCUAGAUGAAUCAGGUAAGAUCAACCCUGAAUUCAUGACCCAAUUCAUACAACAAAAAUCUCUUUAUGAAAAAUAUCUAAAUAAAGAAAAAUCGUUAUUAUUGUUACCAUUCACAACUGUUAAUCAAUAUUUAUGGUCCUUAAAGGCUAUUGGUAAAUUAUUAAACAAUAAGGGUUGCCUAUUUUAUUUAGCAGCAGCUGUAAGUGAUUUCUUUGUCCCUUAUUCCAAAUUACCGGUGCAUAAAAUUCAAAGUAGGGAUUAUGGCUUGGAUAAGAAUAUCGAGAGUGUUGCUGACACUAAAAAUAAUACAGCUUCUACCACAGCCGAUGGAAAAUUAAUUGUAAAUUUAGAUCCUGUUCCAAAGUUUCUAAGACGUCUUGUUAACUCGUGGGCAACACGAGCAAUGAUAGUUUCAUUUAAAUUAGAAACUGAUCCAUCUAUUUUGAUUGAUAAAGCUCAAUAUGCAUUAACAAGAUAUCAGCAUCAGUUAGUAAUUGGUAAUUUAUUACAAACGAGAAACAAAGAAGUUGUUUUUGUUACACCACAAAACAUUAAAGGUGAGUGGUUAAAGUUACCAGAACAAGAAAUAUCAUCUAAUCAUAAAAUGACAAUAGAACAACUUAUUAUACCUGCAAUUAUUCAAUUACAUGAUAAACAGAUACAGGAACAAUAA